AUGGACACGAGGCCCGAAGUUGCCCUGGUGGAGCCGGGCGAGGUGGCCUUGCUCUCCGUCACGGCAUGCAUCGCCGCCGCCCUGGGUGGCCUGCCGCACGUGCUGACGAGGGAGGGGGUCGCGGUCGAAGUCCAGGGCUUGUUUUCGUCUGUGUCCUUUGGUGUCAUCGUCAUCACGGUCGGCGGACUGAUCCACGAGCAGUCCCUGGCGGGGUCCAUACCGGCCGCUAUCGGAGUCGUCGCAGGCUCCGUGUUUCUCCCCACGAUCAGGGCCCUCGCGUCACGACCAGAUUAUUCGACGCUGCCGAAGUUCGCCACUGGCGGUGUUAGCAGGAUGCUGGGCACUGCCCUGCUGUGCAUCCUGUACGCGCUAGGAGAGGGCGUGGCGAUGGGCGCCUCGUUCCGCGGUAGCGAGGGGUAUUCGCGGGGGAUUUCCGUGGUUAUUUGCGUGGGGCUCCACAACAUGAUCGCCGGUUACGGGCUCAGCGAGUCGCACACAAGCAGAGGAGCCAAUCCCGCCCGGGCGAUGCGCUGGGCAGCGCUGGUUUUUUCACCUCAGGCGUUGAUCGCCACGGCUGCGUUCCUCGCCCCGGAGGAGUACCUCUCGCCGAUGCGCGGGUUCGGCGCCGGAGUGCUCCUGUACGCCGCGCUGGACCAGGUCGCCCCCGACGCGAUGGCGGGCGCAGGGCAGUCCUUCGCGAUUGUUGCCUGCUGCGCCUCCUGCUUCUUCCGCAUCGUGCAGAUCUUCCUAGCCUCCCUCGGACCGAAAGGCGUGUUCGAUCCGGACGGGCCCGCCGGGGAGAUGGCACCGGUGCGCGUGCUGCCGUACGUCGUUCAGCUGCUUCUGGCCACCAUGUUGGUGGGCGCCGUGGCCGUGGUCGUCGGGCGCGUGACGGUCAGCAUGGCCCGCAGGUACUUCGCCGCGCACCACAUGCUGCACGCCAGCCACGCCGUGCUGGUCAGUCUGGGCGCGCUGAGCGUGAUCGACGUUGUUCUGCACUCGCGGCGCUUCCUGCUGCUCGAGUACGCCGUCCCGGCGGGGGUCGCCGGCGUGGUGGCGGGGGGCGCCGCGAUGUUCUGGGGCAGGGUCAGGCUGGCAGCUCGCGUGGCGCGGCUGUGCGGUCCGCCGCCGGCAGACGGCGCGAGGGAGACCAACCAGCAUGGGGCCGAGGAACAGCAGGCGCCUCUGCUCUCGGACCAGCCCGACAUCGGCACCGACGUUGCGUCCAGCUUGUUGCGCUUGCGGCACACGACGACGACGGCGAGGCGCAACGUGGCAGCGGGCUCCCACGGCGGCGUCCACGACGUCGCGCGGCUCGACCGUCCUGUGCGUUCGCAAGUCCCCGCGGACCGCCCGAGCAAGAUGAGGAGUUUCGUAGCAUCCGCUUUUUCCUGCCCGGACGGCACGUCGAGUGGAAUCCUGCUGGGAUCGAUCGCACUUCUCGCCUACCCGGAGGGUCUGUUGCUCGCGGAGGGCGCUUUGCUCGCGACGUCGCACCCCGCGGGCGUCCUGCUGCCUUGCGUGCUCAUGUCCCUGCCCAAAACAGUGGCGGCAUGCGGCCUUCUGGUGCACAUCUUCGAACGGACACCGACGGGCGCGAGGCGAGGCAUGGUUGUCGUCGUGUCGGUCGUCGGCGCGUCGAUCGUCGCCCUCGCGCCGGGACUGGCGGCAUGCUGGGCGGUGCAGGGAGCAGCAAACGCGUUUGCCAGCGGCGACUCUCCCGCGGUGUCGCGCGCGACCCUGAUCGGCUGGGCGAAGGCAGUGGUCGGGGGCAUGGUACUCGGAUCGGGUCUCGUUGCCGCGGCCCUGAACGAAGGCGCCCAGCCUGCGGCUUACCCGGGCAAGAGGAGGUUCUCGCGGAGGCAGCGGGCCAUUCCCGCCGAGGGCGUUGCGUGGGCGCUUGGUGUGGCGCUCACGACAUCGGUGUGGCUGCUGCGCAACGCGACGUGCAAGUACUUCGGUCAAUGCGGCCUCGCGUGA